GUAUGUGCUGUUGUCGUAUAUUGUCAUGAUUUUAGAAAUACUCAUGUUUUAAUGCUCAUCAGUACAUAUAAAGAUGAUCGUCAACCAGUUGAUUAUUAACAUUAGAGAGUACAGUGGGAUUGCAGUGAGACGGGUCGCCAUGUUAAGGCCUACGAGAACUUGUAAUGGACUCUGAAGAACGAGGUGUAGUUUAUUAACAAUGACGUCAAGUACAUUGGCCGAUGGUAUUUCUGAGCGGGUAGUGAGUUGUUCCUAUUAGAGAACCGGAAAACUGAAGUCGGCCAGAUAUCUCAAUCUUUUAUUAAGAAGUAAACGGCGAGUCUACGUUGUUUAUCGUACAACCAAGCGAGGAGACUACACCCCGACGGGCACAGGACAUGCGUUUACAGUGUAUAUAAAAUGGUCCGACGUUGACGAGAUCAGAUUUAUUCAGCGAGUCUCUAUUUUAAUGCGUAAAUAUUUUAAAACAGUCAAAAUAGGUUUGGAUGGCAACCUAAGCCACAUGCCAAUUCCACUUAUUUGUAUCAUUCAUCUUCCUCCAGCAAUGUUCCCUUCGCUGAAGCCCCUGCUGAAGCUGUGUGGGGUCUACACAUUCACCAGCAGCGUUGUCAACUUCUACCGAGAGACAGCUGAACGCAUCGUUGAACAGCGUAGACGGCGACCUGAUGAAAAGAAGAUGGAUUUUCUGCAACUUCUGAUUGACGCUGAGGACAGCACCGCGGAGAAAGGAGGUUUGUCGCCGGAUGAAGCUUAUGCUCAGUGUGUGUUCUUCUUCGGUGCCGGCUUCGAGACCAUCUCCACAUCCCUCCAGUUUAUGGCCUACGUUCUGGCGACUCAUCCUAGUGUGCAGAAGAAACUUGUGGAGGCCAUCGACUCCGAGAUUGGUGAUGAACAGCCGACCUAUGACAACAUACAGAAGAUAGAGUACCUGGAACACUUCAUCCGGGAGACGCUCCGCCUCUACCCUUCAAUACCAAUGGUAGCCAGGGAAACUGUGAGCACGGUGGACAUCAAGGGCCACACCUUCCCUAGAGGCUCAGUGGUGGUUGCCCCGACGCUGGAGAUUCACAGAGACCCGGAAUAUUUUGAUGACCCUGAUUCGUUUGUUCCUGAUCGAUGGAGAGAGACAAUUAAUCCCGUUUCCUGGCUUCCAUUUGGCUACGGUCCUCGCCAGUGUAUCGCGAUGAGACUGGCCAUGAUUGAGAUGAAGAUUGGGCUGAUCCAUGUCCUCAGAAGGGUGGAGUUUGUCAGACUACCUGACACACCUGAAGUGUUAGAAUUCGACCCAAAGGCUUAUGGUCGGCUGGUUCCAGAAGAAGCCAUCAAACUCAAGUUGGAACUAAGGAGAAAUCGCAGAAACAACACUACAGCCUGAAGUAACGCAGUGUAUAUGUCCCGGAUGUGCGUGCUUGUGAAGCAGCUGCAUAUCAUUCAACCAGACGAGAAAAUUCUUACGACAGUGACAUGAAAGUGAAUCAUGAAAAAGAAGACUUUAAAUAAAAGAACACAUACACAAAUGUCCUUACUCAGACGUUUUUGAUAAUUUAGGCUCCAUAACUAGACAGAAUAUUAUGCAUGGGUGUAUCUGUCAAUACAUUAUCAUUGAUAAACACUGGGUGUAUCUGUCAAUACAU